CUUAGAAUUCUGUGACGUAGCUGUCACACGGAACACGGAAGCAGUUCGAGCCGGUUUGGCGCCGAAGCCCUGGUUUGAACCCGUUUAGUUCGGUUGGUGUCUUUCCGGGAGGAUGAAGGGAAUUGGGUUUUUCCUGGCGCUUGUUCACGUGUUCCAACAUGCCGAGGCUGUGGAGGUCUACGAGGGGACGGAUUCUGUCGUGCUGCCCUGCGCCGUCCAUCUCUCCGAUUUCACAAACUUGUCCGUGGUGUGGCGCCGUGAAGAUCUCAGUUCCUCAAUCGUCCACUAUAGAGAGCAGGGAACUGAUCGGUCUGACAGCCAGAACCGGCACUACAGAGAUCGUACGACAGUGGUCGAACCCCAGCGGGAGAAAGGACUCGCCAGCCUCACUCUGAGUAAACCACGCCUCAACGACAGCGCCACCUACGUCUGCAUCAUCCGCAGGUUGGGUUCUAAUCUGAACCGGACAGAAGUAGAGCUGCUGGUCAAAGAACCGUUCCCACAAAUGUCCUCCUUUCUCCUGGGUGCUUUGGUGGGUGCCGUGGGUUUUUUGGUCGGGGAUUUUGUUGUAUGUUUUUGGAGGUCGAAGGUGGCAGCUUUCCACUCAGGCUCCAAGGGGGGGCUGAAGAAGGGGUCGGAGUCUGUAAAGCUGUCCUACCAAAGCAAGGCCCAGCUUUCUGAGGACGCCACAGCGGACUGCAGCUUCUCUGACUCUGAACCCCCGUAUCAGCACUGUUGUGACCAACCCGAGAAACGGCGUGACAUUCACCUCGAGAGCCUGCUGCAGACUGGAGACCUCAGUCCGCCCCCAGUGGCACCAACGCUUUCACCGCAGAGACGGAGACAUCCUCUCACAGAAAGUGAUGGAGAUCCAGGUUCAAGCUACAGGAUGGGUUGAAAUGAGAAACGCCGAGAAAACGGGUUCAACAUGAAGCAGAAGAGACCCUGACCGAGCGGCGUCGUUUCUUGAAGAGAAAACCGAAAAACGACACAACCUUUUUUUUUUUUUUAUCUGCAGAAAACAUUGAGAUCCUUCAAUAUGCAGAGCUUUCACAAAAUGAAACCACAACAAAUGGCUGCCAUUUAGGAAUCAAUGCUUUAUUUCAGUGUUGAGUGUUUGUGAAUGUUAAAGAGAGAGUCCAUAGCAGUGAACAGACAUGACAGAUAGUAAAUACAGAGAGAGAACGAGCAGGCAAGUGACACUGUGAGAAACUGAUCUGUACUUUAAGAGCUGUAUCCCAAAAUACUACAUAUCCAUUUGAGGGCAAAAAUAAAACCGAUGUACAAUGUUGUUCAUGUCAUGGUGCAAACUGACAAUGAUACACACCCAAAGCCACGUGAGAGCACUUGCAAGGACAAAAGUAGCAGGUUUCUGUUGUGUUUAUCAAGGGAUUUCUUUUAAGUUUUUCUUCUUCGUUUUGUUUUUUUUCCCCCGAUUGUGAAAAUUCAGAACAAAAGUUCCCUCGAAUGGAUGUGUACUCUACAAACGAAAUGUCUUUUCUUUUUUUACCUAACUCUGUAUGUUUGCAAUAAAUUUUGAAAGUCAA